UUGUUUGAAAUCCCAAUCUAAUUAAAAUUCUAGUGCGUUCUUAUGCAGUGUUCUACAAAAAUAUGUAUGUAAACUUCGUUCGGUCUUUUUAAAAAAAUACUGUCGAAAUUUCAUUAAAAAAAAUAAUAAAUCAAAGUAUAAAUAAAAAUGAGCAUACAAGAUGAAAGUUUUCCAUAUGAUGAUGAUUUAGAAUUUUCUCGUAAUUCGGGUAAAAAUUUAGUUUUUCCUCACCACAAACCACGACGUACAAGUGCAUUGGCGAAUAAUGAAUCGAUUGAAGGUCAACAACAUGUUUCUACGAACUCGAAUAUUUCAACAUCAUCUCCUUUACAAAAUCAAGAUGAUUCAAUAGAAUCUUCAAAUGAUUUUUGUCCGCCAUCAGAGACCAGUGGCAAAACAAAUGCCAGUGAACCUAAUGAUAUGCAGGAAACUCAGAAGAAAAAAUCAGAGUUCAUACGUCACAAUCCCAACAAAUCAAUUUCCUAUCAGGACAUACACUCAGAAUACACCAAAAGACGUUUCAAACAUGUUGAGAGUACAGUUGGUCGAUACAUUGCCGAUAUAAAGGCACAAGAUAAAAAACGUCGAAAUUCUGGCAAAUUUCAGAGACAUCGUUCUAUGCCCGAGACACUACAUGGAACCGAAACGACAGUACCGGAACUAAACAAUGACUCUAAAAUACAUGGAGUGCUGCAUCACAGUACCAACGAUUUAGAUCGCAUACACGAUCCUCACAAUGAUUUACAAAGUGAUCCUGACACCGAAAUCUAUGAUAAUCUUACGACUACAACAUCAUCACUAUCCACCAGAGAUUUGGGUUCAGAUGCUGGCAUCUUAUUGGACAAACAAACCUUUGAACAACUAUUGAGCGAUAAGGAGCGCAAAGAUUAUUUGCAAACAAAAUUGGAGGAGAAAAAUGCUGAAAAUUGCCGUUUGAAAUUGAAUUUGGAAAAAAUGCGUAUUGAAUAUUCUGAUUGCAAGGACAAACUGAAACAAAUACAAACUCAACGAUUCACUGGUUCAUUUGGUAGCAUAAAUGCGGUGGCCAAUUCAUUGGGCCGAACAUCGCUGCAUAGUUUGUUGUAUCCCCAAGAGUCUAGAGAAAAGUCUACACAAACGGAUAGAAUACUAACACCUUCACCCGUUCCUCCACUAAAUAAACAAAACAAUGAUAUGUUUGCUACACCACUUACGCCAGAUUCCAAUAAUAAUUCAUUUGACCAUGCUGCCGUGGGUAUGUUGGCACCUGCUGCCCACAAAGUGUCAAAAUGUGUAGCCACCAUUCAACCGCUUUCACUGAAUUUCAGCAAUCUUGUUGAGCAAGAUAGUCGUGAUUUUAAUAGCAGUAAUAUAAAUACUACCAUGGGUUUUCUACGUCAACGUUCCAAUUCUAUAGCGGCCCGUAAAAAAUCAACCCCUUUACCCGCGAAUAUCUCGAAAGUUAGUUCAACCGGCAGUAGUGUGCCUAGUAGCAGUGAUUCUGCCAUUGAAGUAACUGAUUCGCCCAAAAAUCAACGACAAAGUCGUCGUGAGGAAUUCAUUUAUUAUGAACAACGUUCUCAACGCUAUUCUGUUCUAGAAACUCGUAACGCUGGUCGAAAUUACCCGGAUACUGACCAUAGCACAUCUCCCAAUAACAAUUCAAUCGAGGACGGCAAUGCUAGAGGAAAUUCACGCAAACGCCAUAAUUUGCGGUCACGUGUGAUGCGAUUUUUUGGCGCUUGCACGAAAUGUGAAGAUCACAAUUUGUCAUUAGAAGCUGUCGAUAAGUCUACACACUCGCAGAUUCCACUUUUGGAAAAAAGUACACAGAAUUAUUGCCGUAAUGUACGUUGAGAUUUAUCAUGGUAUAAGUAAUGUUUAUAUGUAUUUUUCUGCCCUACAACAUUUUCAAAUGAAUUUUAGACUAAAGUAUUAAA